GUUGCAGGAAGAGAGGGAGGGUAGAAGGAGUGAGGCUCGUGGUGGCAACAGUGAGCGGCCACAACAGAUCGAAAAGAGCCUGUGGAUGUCUCCUUUAUGACACACAAUUCAAGCACAAUGUCAAACUUCGACGACAACCCCUUCGCAGACCCUUUCUCGGAACCUUCCAUCCAGCAAGCCACUCGCAACACAACAAGUGGCUUGGAGGAGUAUGACCCAUUCAGUGGCAAGCCACCUACCCAAAAUGUUCCAACCACACAGAUUGGCAAUGCAGGAAAUCCUCCCACCUAUGUGCAGCCGACAGUGGGUGUGACCAAUCAGCCUGCGGUAGUCAACCCCACACCCACACCUGCGAACCCACCUGCCUACACACCCUCUGCCCAACAGCAGGUCACCACAGCUGAGUUUCAGAGACGGCAGGAAGAACUUGAGAAGAAAGCUGAAGAAUUGGCCCGGAAGGAAGAAGAGCUGAAGAAUGCUGGAGCUGGAGCAGCGCGACAAGAUAACUGGCCACCAUUGCCAUCUUUUUGCCCUGUGGGACCCUGCUUCUACCAAGACAUCAAUGUUGAUAUUCCUUUGGAGUUCCAGAAAAUAGUCCGCAUGCUCUACUAUCUGUGGAUGUUUCAUGUGCUGAUGCUGAUGUUGAACAUACUUGGGGGACUGGGCAUGUUCAUUGCCCUAGCGGAUGGUGCAACAUUUGGCCUGGCCAUAGUUUACUUUGCCCUCUUCACACCAUUCUCAUAUGUCUGCUGGUUCAGGCCAAUCUAUAAGGCAUUCAGGAGUGACAGUUCCUUCAACUUCAUGGUGUUUUUCUUUGUCUUCUCCUUCCAACUGAUCGUGAGCAUAAUUAAUGCCAUUGGAAUUCCUUCUAUGGGAAGCUGCGGCUUCAUCCUGGGACUAUCCACUUUGGCCACCGACAAUGCCCCAGCCAAUUAUAUAGUUGGGAUCAUUGUGUUCAUGAUCGCUCUGGGUUUUGCAACAGUGGCUGCUAUUGAUGCCAUCCUCCUCAUUAAGGUCCAUCGCAUCUACCGCAGUACAGGAGCCAGCUUUGCUAAGGCCCAGGCUGAAUUUUCCCAAGGCGUGAUGAGGAAUGAACACGUGCAGACUGCCACAGCCAAUGCAGCGUCAGCAGUUAUACGUAAUCAGAUGAACCAGGCCACAUCAGGAGGCGCUAACUCUGCCAGUCCUCGCUUCUAAAGUGCAGGUGUGUCCUGGAGGACAGAGGAGCACAAGAGAGCUGAGGAGCAACUGGUAUUCUGUGCUGGGGCUUGAACCUUUCCUUGAGAGACAUGCUCUACUCAUCACUCUUUCUGGUCUUUUUUUUUUUUUUUUUUAUGCAUUUGGGCAUUGAGUUCAUAACUGAUUUUUAUUAAUAAUCUGCAGUUUUUUUUUCCACUGAUACUUUCCUUCCAUGUACAAGAAAGCCAGACUAGUGAAGGAAUAUGAUUAACUGCCUUGUUGCAGAUAAUGGCUGUUUUCAUGUACAUACAGUAUAUACUAAAAUUGUGAAUGAGGGAAGUGUAUGUGAAAUCUGCAGUAUCUUGAAGUAUCUUUUGAUGUCACCAAGACUAAUUUCAAAUAUGAUGAAAAUCUGCAAGGCAGUGUUCACUAUGUACCCAACUUUUAAUGCUUGUUUUUGCUUGCUUGCAUAUGGUCUUCAUUAUUUUCAGUUAAGUGAUAGUGGAUGAAAAUCAUGUGAGAGCUUUAGUAAUUUAUUUUUAUACUUUGCAAAGUGUUUAACAUUGAUUCUUAUAAUACUUGUGUCAAAUUUAAGUGGUGUAUGAUAGUUUUGAAUUAUUUAGCCUUAUCAUGGGUAAUUAUUGUAUAUUGUAAGUGAUAUAUACUGCAGUUCAACAAUGAUAAUAAAAAAAAAACAUGUAAUGAUAAUAGAUAGAUCCAUAAUAUGGGAUGCUAACAAUGAUAAUGUAGCUGCUGAUGGCUGUGAGUGGAUGAUUUCUGGCUAUUAUGAGUGGAAAUGCAUGAGGUUCCAAGUCCUAAACUACCUGAGAGAUAGUGCCAUGUGAUGAGCCCAGAAGUCAAGUGCUGUGCGUAUCUCACCUUCUUCACAAUUUUAUUUCCAUCAGCUUGGGAGACAUAGUUUUGUACAGAUCAGUAUGCCCUCACAUUUGUUGACAUACAUGACUGCUGGGACACAUGAGGCCAUAAUUAGCUUCUCCCAGGUCCAAACCUUGUAUAUCAUUACUUUUUAUGAUAUGCAAGAGAUAGAUGAGUUGUAUAGAUCCCAUUUAUCCUCUCAUACUAGUCUACCACUAAGGUUUAUCAAGGGCAUCUUGUAUUAUGAGUUUAGAAGACUGUGGUUUAACUCUCUCUCUCUCUCUCUCUCUCUCUCUCUCUCUCUCUCUCUCUCUCUCUCUCUCUCUCUCUCUCUCUCUCUCUCUCUCUCUCUCUCUCUCUCUCUCUCUCUCUCUCUCUCUCUCUCUCUGUAUUAUGAGUUUAGAAGACUGUGGUUUAACUCUCUCUCUCUCUCUCUCUCUCUUGUUUUCCUUUUAAAUGAGGAUUUGUUGUCAACCAAGGUAGAUUAUAUUUACGUUUUUCACAACUUAAUCAUGUACACAGCUUCAGAUUGCAGUUCCUGUUGGCUUGGAAGCAGGUGAAUUUGUGGUUCAUUUUAGCUCAUAAUUGACAGAUUCUUCUGACUCUAUUUUAAUCAGAGUAUUUGGCCUUAAUGUAUGUACUUAAGAGGUUGUCAUCACAUUGUCCCUUUGACCAUACUUGUCACUACAUAGGGUAAGUUAGAUAAAAUAGAAGUAUGCAGGUAUGAUUGGGAGAGAGAUUCAUGGUAAGAGAAAAAUGAUAUUGAAUUUAAAUAGUUUUAAUCAAAUUAUUGGAUAUGAUUAUCAUUUUCAAAAUGUUGCAUCGAAAAGAAUAAUAAAUAAAAGCUGGGGAGGAUAAAUAUAUGAAGAGAAAAUUCACAUAAUACUUUUGCAAAAUAUAUAAUCCUUGGACCAUUUAUAUUUAGUACAAUUGCCAAGAUUGUCUGAAGGCAUACAAUUAUGAUUUUGAUUUAUUUCUUAUCUGAAAAAUAUAAGCCAGAUUACAAACUGGAUUUGCAUGAUAUGAUAGUUGUGUCAUUGCUUGAUUACGAACUAAAAAACACGAAUUUUGAGUGUUCUGAGUGAAGGUAUAGAAUAAAGAUGAUUUAUACUAGAAAACUGAGCACUUCAAGUUUUAUGAUAAUGCUGCUACAUAGAUAAAGUAUGGCCCCAUUCCAUUUUGUGCAAAUAUGUCAAAAACUAGUGUUUCUAAGAUGCUAUGUAUUUCUUGCAUGUUUGUACAGAAGCACAUUUUGGGAAUGAGAUGAAAAUUGUUUAAAAUUUAACAUGUAUAAGGAUGAAAGUUUUGGAGUAAACAUGGAUAUAAACAGACCUGAUGGCAGUGAUUACUUUGGAGUAAUAGCCCUAGGAAUUAUUGGUGUUGCUUACUCUGCAGCCUCCUCAUAAGAAUUGUUGAUGCUUGAGGAAAGAUUGAAUUUCAAGUGGAAAGACAGUUGCCAGUUUUAAGAUAUGGAGGUUGUGGUGUGGAAAUGUUCUUGCAGCAUAUGAUUAUCCUUUGCUCAUGAAAUACUUUAUCAUUACUUGCAUGCCAUUAUGUGAAGUAGCAUUUAUUUUUAUACACGUGUUCUGCCCCAACACUAACAUGCAGAAAGGAAGUGCCUGUGUUGACUUGUAGUUGUCCUUUGUUCUGUGGCAACCUUGUGCAUGAUAGUGUUUCUUAAUGAGGCACUUUUGUUAUUGGAAAAUAAUUAUUGUGAUAUAAUUUAUAUGAAAUAUUAACAUUAAUUCUCCAGGAAAUUUACUUUUGUAUUGCCUAUUCAUUGAUUUUUUUUUUUUCUCUACUUUAUCAUCUCAUAAGUGGUCCGUAUGACUUGAUCAGAAUGUUCAUUCCUCACUCAACAGAAUCUGUGAAUGGAAGGACCAUGAACUUUAAAAACUAAACUUCAUGAUGAAGGAAAGCAGUAUGUAGAAAAGUUUAGAAAUUGAGGCUUCACUGGUAAUGGAUGCUUGUGUGAGCAUAGUAAUUGCAGCAGUUUGCCCUAGUAAUGUACAUAUUGCAGUGUUCAUGGAGCUAUUUUCCAGAAUAGAUCUACUGCUGAUAACUUACAAAUAAAUUUUGCUACUGUAUAUGUUUUUUUUUUUUCUCUCUCUCUCUCUCUCUCUCUCUCUCUCUCUCUCUCUCUCUCUCUCUCUCUCUCUCUCUCUCUCUCUCUCUCUCUCUCUCUCUCUCUCUCUCUCUCUCUCUCUCUCUCUGAGUUAAUGAGUUCAAGGAGUCACUUAGUAACUACAAGAGUGAUUCUCAUGAAAGCUCUUGAGUAAUAUUGAAAUCAUAUUUGUAGGGACUGACUUUCUCAUUUAGCUUUAGGUUAACAUAUGCUUUAUAUUUAUAAAUCCAAGUCCAACUUUGAUUUACUGUUUACAAGUACCAUAAUUCAAUUUAGAAUCACACUAUUGCAUGAUGACUGUGUCUUACAAAAAAAAAAAAAAAGGAAAAAAAUCUGUAACAUGUUAAACUAAAAUCAGAGCAAAGACAUGGUGAUGAUGAGGAUGGAAUAAGGUGUAGUUUACUAAGUCGGUGGUUCUUGUAUCUUUCAGUCCAGGGUGUAUUUGUCCACUUCUAGACAUCAGUUUGGAAUAUGGACGAAAUCAUAUAAAUAUAUAUACAUAUGUAUAUUGUAAGUGUG